CCUCUCUGCCUACUUGUGAUCUCUGUCAAUAAAUAAAUAAAAUCUUAAAAAAUAAUAAUAAAAAAAAAAUAAAUCUUUUAAAAAAAUGAAAAUAGAAGUUGGAUCUAAUCAAUUGCCAAGACACUGGUUAACUAUAAAUCACAGACUUCUAACCUCUGAGGAAGCUUCAGGACCAGCUUUACCAAUGCAAGCAGAGUUACUUGGCAACCAGAAAAACAAACCAUUUCAGGAGCAGCCUGCUGGAGACCGGAAUCCCGGACAUCUACCUUACUGUGUCUCUUGCAGGAUCCACACCUACUACUUCACUGGGAGAGGAUGUGGGCUCUUAAAUGCUAUAAGUGUGAGUGCUGUGGGAGUGAUUUUGUCAGCUACAAGGCUCUGAAGUAUCACUUUCGACAGAAGCAUUUUGGAAAAGUUCACUGCGAAGAAUGUGGGCACGAAGUCCCAAGGGAAAGACUGCAGCAUCACAGUGAGCCUGUACAGGAGAGGUCAACCAUGCAGACGCACAAGCUCAGCUGGGAAAAUCUAGAAGAAAGGAAUAUAAAGCAUAUGACUACAGAAAUAUCAAAAACCUGUAGGAUGUGUUCGAGGCGCUUUGGAACAAUCCUUAGUCGGGAGAACCAUGAACUACAGGAGCAUCGAUUCACAGCCAGUAAAAGAGCCCAAAUGUCUAUAGGAUUUUCACCUCAUCAUAUGUUGGAGUGUAAGAGUCCCCAAGAGCUACAGAGAUUUGCAGAUGAAAAUAUCCGCCCAGCCUCAGGUCCUCAGAGCGCUGCCUGUGUGGCUGAGAUCGUGGCCCUGCUCACGCGGAUCCAGGCUUGCUUUCCGGUGCCGACCUCCCGGGUGAUCCAGGGUGGUUCUUACAUAAAGGGGACUGAUACUCAAGGAUGCUCUGAGAUUGACAUCGUGCUGUUCAGUGAUGUGUUUGCCGAUGUGAACCAUUGCAAGAAACAACUGACAGAAGGGUUGGAUGCUCUGAGAGAAAACUUGAAGCAAACUUCACAUGGAAACAGGAUCCUAAUGGGAAAGAGAGCACCAUUGUCUUUAAGAUUCAAUUUUGUAUGUACGGAAGGUCUCCACAGUCAUUCCUUUGAGAUCAUGGCCUACUGGGACAUCCUGGGGCCUGCUCCCUUCACAGAUUUAAAACUUCACCUUUAUCGCAGACUGUACCUCUGUGACGACAGUGACAUGGCGCAGCUGUGUGCCUUGGCCCUCUUGCCAUACCAAGUGGAUUUUGUCAAGGCAUCUGUGGCAAGGGUGAAGGAGCUCACUCGUUUAAUGAUACAUUGGUUCAAGACAUCAUUUGCCAACUCCACAGAGGAAAAUAAGUUCCGGAAACUUCCCUCCUCUUACACCGUGGAGCUCCUCACCAUUCACAUCUGGGAACUGGCAGGAAAGCCGCUGCUCUUCAGCCUGGUGCAGGGAAUGAGGGCAGUCCUCAAGCUUCUGGUUCGAUACGCAGAAAUCGAGGUUGUUUGGCACAGACACUACUGUCCCACGUUCCCCAUUUUUGUAAAGGUGAAGCAGAAACACACAAGGCCAUUCAUUUUAGACCCUGCCAAUCCUACUGUCAACGUUUGUGACACGUGCAAUGCCUGGGAUGAAGUUGCCCUUGUGGCAAGACAUAGCCUAUUGAAACCUCUUUUCAGCGGAGUGAGAGCUGAGCCCCCUUGGCUUUUCACAGACGACUGGUAAACUGGACAAAGAGCUACUAUCCUUGGAUUUCCAUGAAGAAAAUAAAAAGGACGCUGAACACAUUCCCAGUUAGAGUGGUCUGGAGGAAAGUCUGUAUGAUUGUCUCACUCUAAGUCAUGACGUUCAUAACCCCAUCUUUAACAAACGUAUUGAUGUGACUUAUCAUUUAAGAUAAAAGAAUCCAUUUCAGCCUUCAGGAGAGUUGAACCAUCCUCUCCCAUUAUUUGGAUUUAUUUGCUUUGGUGGCCUUGUGAAAAAAAAUUAAAAAAAAAAUCAAAGUAGCCACAAGUGAAUACAUAAAUAAAAUUCCCAGGUCAUUUGAGAGAUUAACUGAAAGGGUAAAAAAAUCACUUCCAUUUUUUAGUUUUAGUUCAUUAUGUCUUCAGGUUGACUUUUUAACUCUCUUGGUGAUCUGGAGUUUCACUGGGUCACCUGUGUUUUCAAGAUUUCCCUACAAAAACCUGCUUGCACUAUGUACAGCCUGUUCAUUUCCAGACAUAAACUAACAAAUUGUUACAUGGAAACAUGGAACUAUCUGGAAGAAAUACCAUGGACUGCCUCAGAAUAAACUGUUUCCAAAAUCAUUUUAUGUCACAACUUAUGGGUCAGAGUGGAGCCAUUCUUGAGGUUGUAAGGUGCUCAGCCCUAAGUAGGGGAAAAUAAAAUACCCAGGCUAUGAA